UUACUUCCGGGGCGGCACCGAGAAGCUGAAACGGAAGUGGUGUAGGGCGUGCGCCCGUGGCGUGAUGGAGCAGCAGCAGCAGCAACAGCAACUGAGAAACCUGCGUGACUUCCUGUUGGUCUACAAUCGGAUGACAGAACUCUGCUUCCAGCGUUGUGUGCCCAGCUUGCACCACCGAGCUCUGGACGCUGAGGAGGAGGCCUGUCUGCACAGCUGUGCUGGGAAGCUGAUCCAUUCCAACCACCGCCUCAUGGCCGCUUACGUGCAGCUCAUGCCUGCCCUGGUACAGCGCCGCAUCGCAGACUACGAGGCUGCCUCGGCUGUGCCAGGCGUUGCUGCUGAGCAUCCUGGGGUCUCUCCAUCAGGCAGCUAGCCAUCACCAAUCCCAGGAGGGAAGGCCUUGGAUGGACCCUCAGAUUGAAGGACCCAGUGGACCUUAGGGUUGGUGAAUCCUAAACGGAGAGAAUUCGAGGUUGCCUGAAAGCUGGAUGUCCUUGCUCCUUUUCCUGGAGCCAAUAUAGUCGCUUUUUACUCUGUUUGAUUUAUAUUCUGGGCAAGGAAGCUUUGCAUGCUUUAUUGGCAUAAUCCUUUGUUCUGUCGUUUAGCCAUAUCUGCUGGCUUCAGCCCUGGCAGCUGAUAAAUUGUCUUCUAUAUGUAGAAGGAAAACCUGAGUAUUUGCAGGCAUCUGGUUAAAGCAGGGUCUGUGUGUACAACUUUAAAAUGAGUAAUAUGUCAGGCUUUAUCUUAGUUUAUCUUUACAACAAAACUACGAGUAAGCGGUAUUAGCCUCACUAAACAGAUGAGGAAGCAAGAUUCCAGAAUGUACCAGAAGGCCAUUUGAUACAACAGGAGAUUGGUUCCUGCCCAGGUGACAGAAAAUGGGAGCUCUGUCUAGUUGUCCUUAAGUCUGACUGACUUCAAUGGCUUAUGACCGUGAACCAAGUAUUUGUUGGUUCAUAACUGUUGUUUUGUGAACUAUGUCUUAUAUGUCUAGAAUUCUGCUGGAUCUAGGGAAAGGAGAAGCUGUCGAAGUACAAUGGAUCAAAAAACCACAGGGCUUUUGGGCACUGCCUCCUUGAGAAAUUAGUGGCCCCAGAAGAGAGAUGAAACCUGUAAGAAAUCUGGAGUCUUGGAACUUCAGCCAUUUCCCCAGGUUGUUACCUUCUUAGUAUGUACAGUCUUCUCAGGAUGAGCAGUAAAACCUUUGAACAAAGGUCUGUGUGCUUAUCUUCACGGGCAAUCGGGAAGGGAGAAAGUUGGGGACCAUAUUCUGCAGUACAGCCAAAUCUGAGGAAGAGAAACUGAAGGGAGAAGUAGAUGGCAAUGGUUAUGAUAAAAAGGAUAAAACGAAAUCUUCGGGACUUCCUUAAUGCUACCUUAAUGUUUCACUGCUUGUCUAGAAUCUCCUAAUUCCAGCUUUCCAUCAUCUGCCCCACAUUGGUCUCAUUGAGUACAUUCUGUGAUUUCUAAUUCCAGCCUCUCCAUUCUUUUCUCAUUAUUGCCUCCCCUGCCCCCCAACUUUGUGUAAUUUACUUCUGUAUUCAGCAGCCUGAAUAGCAUAUCAUUCCAUCACCCCAUUUUCUUGCCACCCUUGGCCACCUUUUUGUAUCAUUCCACUUAUUCUGUCUUUUCUUUUCCUGCUAGAGAAAAACAGUUGUGUAAUGAAUGCUACUAAAUAUUCAAGGCCUCCAACCUCAGCCUAGUCCUCACACCAACACGCACCUUUAUGGGUUCCUGGUCCAUUUCUUUCUCUAAUUACCAUGGCAGUUAUUUUACACCUUCACGGCUAUCUUUAAUCCCAUACCCCACCCUCAUCAGGUGACCCUGUUUCGUGAUUUAGAGGAAUUGAAGCUCUUAGACAUUGGUUUCCACAGUAAUAAUUUUAAAACUUCUUACAACUACCCACAAAGCAGAUGUUCUAUCCUAUCUACAGAGCGGAAAAUUGAAAUUCUCAAGUAGGGUAUUAAAGUGCAGAUCUGACUUUAAAGUCCAUGUUCAUUUUAACACACCAGGCUGCCUCUUAAGAUAGUAUUUAUUGAGCACCCACUUUGUGUAGGUUCUGAUUUUCAUAGAUAUCAUGCUUUAUCUUUACCACAACUAUAAGUAAGAGGUAUUAGCCUCACUUAACAGAUCAGGAAGCAAGAAUCCAGAAUGUGCCAGAAGGCCCUUUUAUACACAGUUUCUUUUUCUUUUUCUUUUCUUUUUUUUUUUUGAGACAGUCUCGCUCUGUUGCCUAGGCUGGAGUGCAUUGGUGCGAUCUAGGCUCACCGCGACCUCUGCCAACCGGGUUCAAGCAGUUCUCCUGCCUCAGCCUCCCAAGUAGCUGGGAUUACAGGCAUGCGCCACCACUAAUUUUUUUGUAUUUUUAGUAGAGAUGGGGUUUCACUAUAUUGGUCAGGCUGGUCUUGAACUCCUGACCUUAUGAUCCGCCCACCUCAGCCUCCGAAAGUGCUGGGAUUACAGGCAUGAGCCACUGCGGGCAGCCUAUACAAAGUGUCUUAUUGAGAAAAGUGGUUCCAAUCAUGUUUUUUGCCCCUUUUAGCUGCCAUCUCUUGAACAGAGAUGUUAGGAAGGUAAAAGUUGCUGACCAGGACCUUACCCACUGAGUGGCAUUCUGUCCUUGGGAAAUAUAAAUGCGAGUAAAACAGGUUUGAACUUCUUAACUUCCAGAAGACAGGAGGAUGGGACCUGUGAUACUGUGCUGCUGGUGAGAGGGCCCUUCCACAUCAACAUGUGUGUGUAUCCUUGGAAUCAACUUCCAUUGUGAAUUA